CAAUAACCUCUGCUAUAAUAAUAACUCCCUUCAUCUUCUCCACCUGUUCCCUAUAAUCCCUCUUUUUUCCCCUCUUCUCCAUAGCUCCUUUAAUUCUCUUCACAAUAAACUUUUUUGAACACACACACACAAAAAAAAAAAUCAGACUCCAAAAAGUUUGACUAGAUCUGGAUUAAUUUUCUACACUUGUUGUUUUUUUAAUCCAAAGGCUUCACAGAUAAUGAAAUAAUUUAUCAGAGAAAUUAUUUUGAAGAAGAUCGAGAAGGUAUUCAAGAUGUUUAAUAACCACCAGCACUUGCUCGAUAUAUCGUCCUCAGCUCAACGAACACCUGAUAACGAGUUGGAUUUCAUUCGUGAUGAAGAGUUUGAUAGCAACUCUGGUGCUGAUAACAUGGAAGCUCCCAAUUCAGGUGAUGACGAUCAAGCUGAUCCAAACCAACCUCCAAACAAGAAGAAGCGUUAUCAUCGCCACACUCAGAAUCAGAUUCAGGAAAUGGAGUCCUUUUACAAGGAAUGCAAUCAUCCAGAUGACAAGCAAAGGAAGGAAUUGGGAAGAAGACUUGGUUUGGAGCCAUUACAAGUGAAAUUUUGGUUCCAGAACAAGCGUACUCAGAUGAAGGCUCAACAUGAGCGAUGUGAGAACACACAGUUGAGGAAUGAAAAUGAGAAGCUUCGCGCUGAGAACAUAAGGUACAAAGAAGCUUUGAGUAAUGCAGCAUGCCCAAAUUGUGGAGGGCCAGCAGCUAUAGGAGAGAUGUCAUUUGAUGAGCAUCAGUUGAGGAUUGAAAAUGCUCGUCUUAGAGAUGAGAUUGACAGGAUAACUGGAAUAGCUGGAAAGUAUGUUGGUAAAUCAGCCCUUGGAUAUUCUCAUCAACUUCCUCUUCCUCAGCCCGAAGCUCCUCGGGUUCUGGAUCUUGCUUUUGGGCCUCAAUCGGGCCUGCUUGGAGAAAUGUACGCUGCUGGUGACCUUCUAAGAACUGCUGUUACGGGCCUUACAGAUGCUGAGAAGCCCGUGGUCAUUGAGCUUGCUGUUACUGCAAUGGAGGAACUUAUAAGGAUGGCUCAAACUGAAGAGCCAUUAUGGUUGCCAAGCUCAGGCUCUGAGACUUUAUGUGAGCAAGAAUAUGCUCGUAUUUUCCCUCGAGGCCUUGGACCUAAGCCAGCUACACUCAAUUCUGAAGCCUCACGAGAAUCUGCUGUUGUGAUUAUGAAUCAUAUCAAUUUAGUUGAGAUUUUGAUGGAUGUGAACCAAUGGACUACUGUUUUUGCUGGUCUGGUGUCAAAAGCAAUGACUCUUGAAGUCUUAUCAACUGGUGUCGCAGGAAAUCACAAUGGAGCAUUGCAAGUGAUGACAGCAGAAUUUCAAGUUCCAUCUCCACUUGUUCCAACUCGGGAGAACUAUUUCUUAAGAUACUGUAAACAACAUGGUGAAGGGACUUGGGUAGUGGUUGAUGUUUCCCUGGACAACUUGCGCACUGUUUCAGUUCCGCGUUGCAGAAGAAGGCCAUCUGGUUGUUUAAUCCAAGAAAUGCCAAAUGGUUACUCAAGGGUUAUAUGGGUUGAACACGUUGAGGUGGAUGAAAAUGCUGUCCAUGACAUCUACAAACCUCUUGUCAAUUCUGGGAUUGCAUUUGGAGCAAAACGCUGGGUAGCAACUUUAGAUAGACAAUGUGAACGCCUUGCAAGUGUGUUGGCGCUUAACAUCCCAACAGGAGAUGUUGGAAUCAUUACUAGUCCAGCUGGUCGAAAGAGUAUGCUAAAACUUGCUGAGAGAAUGGUGAUGAGCUUUUGUGCUGGAGUUGGUGCAUCGACAACUCACAUAUGGACAACUUUGUCUGGAAGUGGUGCGGAUGAUGUUAGAGUCAUGACUAGGAAGAGUAUCGAUGAUCCAGGGAGACCUCCUGGUAUUGUGCUGAGUGCUGCAACAUCUUUUUGGCUUCCAGUUUCUCCUAAGAGAGUGUUUGAUUUUCUCCGCGAUGAGAACUCUAGAAAUGAGUGGGAUAUUCUUUCAAAUGGUGGGAUUGUUCAGGAAAUGGCACACAUUGCAAAUGGUCGUGAUCCAGGAAACUGUGUUUCUCUACUCCGUGUCAAUACUGGAACAAACUCUAACCAGAGUAACAUGCUGAUACUCCAAGAGAGCACAACUGAUGUAACAGGAUCUUACGUCAUUUACGCUCCAGUUGAUAUUGCUGCAAUGAACGUGGUGUUAGGUGGGGGUGACCCUGACUAUGUUGCUCUGUUGCCAUCUGGUUUUGCUAUUCUUCCAGACGGACCGAUGAAUUAUCAUGGUGGAGGUAAUUCAGAAAUUGAUUCUCCUGGUGGAUCGCUACUAACUGUAGCAUUUCAGAUAUUGGUUGAUUCAGUCCCAACUGCAAAGCUUUCCCUUGGCUCUGUUGCGACUGUUAAUAGUCUCAUCAAAUGCACCGUUGAAAAGAUCAAAGGUGCUGUAACUUCCGCAAAUGCAUGAAGGCGGCAGGUGGUCUUGGAUGGGGGAGAGUUGAAAGAAGUUACAAGUUAGAUGAAGGGGAAGGGAGCUAGUGGAGAAGGCAACUUAAAGGAAAUCCUUGCAGGUGGUGAUUGUUUUUUUGGCAAAAAAACAUUUCACUAUCCUGUAAGGAUGUAGUUUUUUUUUGGUUUUAAUAUAUAGGGUUUAGGGUAGACUUUGCCAAUGUUAUAUUGGUAUAUGUCAAGAAUAUUAUAAAACUAAGCUAGCAAACAAAGCUUUAUUUUGUUUUGAACCCUUUUGCUUUAAGGGUUAAUUGUUGGAACAAGUUAGUUCUCUAUGUUUUAAAAAGAAGUUUAGUUUGACUUCUGAAAA